CUUUGAUUCCUCUUCUUCUCUUUCCUAUUCAAAUUAUGAACGACAAAGGAAUCAUGGAGACUGAGGCUUCCAUUGGGGGGAUGGUCACUGGCGGGCUGUCCCGGCAGACCAGCAUCACCAAGACUAACUGCAUUUGCUCACCAACCACUCACCCGGGGUCAUUCAGGUGCAAGCUUCACCGGAGUCCUUCGCUGCAGCGUACCAAAAGUGUUGAGACUAACAUACUUCAAAACCUUAUGGCCAAGCCAGAUGAUCCUAGCACCGGAAAUGAAGCAGCUAAGUAGUCAGUAGGAAGCUUAGGAUUUGUUUUUAAGCUUUAACGCAUUAUGCUAGUGACCAAACAAAGUAGUAUAACCCUAUAAUUAAACUCUCUUUGUGUCUAUAGUCUUGCAGUUUAUAGUUUUUUUUUUUUUUUAUUAUUA